GAGACACAUUAAUAACUUGCAGGUCACCUUUAUGUCACAAUUUAAAAACUUUACACUUAAUAGAACUCACCACGUACCAGGCACUGUUCCAAGCACUUAAAAAUUACCUUACUUAAUCCUCCAAACAACCCUGCCCAGUAGAUACUAUUAUUAUCAUUCCCCAUCUUACAGAUGAGAAACUGGUACACAGAGAGGUUAAGUAACCUACCCAAGGUCACAAAACUAAUAAAUAAAAGAUCCAAGCAGUCAGGCCCCGGAGUCUGCAUAUCUAACCCCUGGGCAAUGAUGCCUUUCAAAAAACUACAUGGAAAACAUUUAAUAAAAACUUCCAGAACGAGAUGCAAAUUUUAUUUGAAAAGCAUUCAGAUUUCUGGGAGGGCUACUAUUCCUAGGUGCCAUCAGAUUUCAAAUACUGGAGGCAUUCCCAAUGUUCCAUUCACAAAUGAAAUGAAAUGAAAUCUGUGGCGGCCCCUGCUGUGAAUAAAAUCGAAGAGAAAGAUGCUGGUAUAUUUUGGUGCUAUGCUUAAAAGACCUGCAGACCUAUCCUGCUCUUUUCAAAGUAAAAAUUGUGGCAAGUCUCUCUGGCCAGGUAGUGUGUGUCCACGUACUACUGCAGCAAACGCCUGUAGGUCAUGUGACUUUUUUUCCUUUAGGGAGGAAACCAAGCAAUUCAGGACACAGGUGUGUGCACCAACUUGUGUAACUGAGGACCGUGGGAGGGGUGGGGCCUUGCAGGGCUACUGCCACCAAUACCUUAGGACAGUUCACAUUAGAAGAGCUCUUCUUCUGUAUUAAGUUGGCAUACUGUCCUCUAAAAAGUUAUUUUGAAAAGAGGUCUGUAUUUUCAACUUCAUGGGUUAGGUCGGCUUCAUGAAUAAAGCUCUUCGUGUAUUAAAGAAGGCAGGGUAUCAACUGUGAGCUGGAAAACCAGCAGAGAACAUUUCCAUUACGAAGGUAAUCAAUAUAAGUAUGUUUGCUGCCUGGACACUUGAAUCUGCAACCCAUCCCUUCUGUGUAUCCUUAGUUAAUACCGUAGUGCCGGGCACAGAGCGGCCCUUGACAGGGUGUAGAAUUAUCGUUACUGUAUACGUGUGAUAAGUUAAAGUCCACUUCCUGUCCGGUGGAGGGUCUCCGCCCAGUCUCCUCGCACCGCUGCCUUCGCGAGUGUAGUCACAAUUAAAACACUCAGGUUUCACCAACAGAGUAAGAGUCCACGGGGUUCCCUUCCCAGGCCACGCCGGCUUUGGGGGGCACCCACCGAGGGUCGGCUCUACCUGAAAUCCAGCCGCGGUCGGCCGAAAGCGCAGCGUCGUAGCAGGUUCCGGUCGCUCUUCCACCUGCUGCCAAAGCGGGCAGGCUACGUGGAAGACGACCUUGCCCUGGGCUGGAGGCAGCGGCCACCGCGGCCGCACUUGGUCCUCCGAGAUCCCAUGCUCCCUUGCACCAAGGACACGUCCGGCGGCUCUGCAGGGCCUUUCUACGCCAUCGCGGCGCCUCUCUAUGAUCCAUUGCCGCGUUCAUGGUGGAUGUCAUGGCUGACGGCGUCGAGUUGGCAGGAGCUGCCAACGGAAUUGGGGAAAGUCACUGAAGCAGAGGAAGAAGUGGCCUAACCCGGACUGUGGGAAGUGGUGAGGAUGAGCGGAGGCCCCGCGGGGGGUGCCCGUGUCACUGGAAUUGGGCCCCUGGUAAAGUCCCAGGCCAGGCCUCUGCGUUUCUAGUCAGAGCCCGGGGGUUGGUCGGGGUCCCCGAAGCCGGCGUUGCCUAGGAACCCCUGUCUUAUCAAAUACUGAGCUUUGUGAUUUGGACCAGUACACCGGAGACAGCGGUUCGAGGACAUUUGGCGGGGUCGUCCGACGACGCUGGCCGCCUUUCUCGGAGCGGAGCAGGUUCUCUAACCCGCAGCGAUGUCGUCCUGGCUUGGGGGCCUCGGCCUCGGCUUGGGCCAGUCCCUGGGUCAAGUCGGGGGCAGCCUGGCUUCCCUCACUGGCGAAAUUUCAAACUUUACAAAGGAUAUGCUGAUGGAGGGCACGGAGGAAGUGGAAGCAGAAUUACCUAAUGCUAGGAGAAAGGAAGUUGAAGCCAUUCAUACAAUCUUAAGAUCAGAGAAUGAGAGACUCAAAAAACUUUGUACUGAUCUGGAAGAGAAGCAUGAAGCAUCAGAGCUUCAAAUAAAGCAGCAGUCUAUGAGUUAUCGAAAUCAACUGCAACAGAAAGAGGUGGAAAUCAGCCAUCUUAAAGCAAGACAGAUUGCACUGCAGGAUCAGUUGCUGAAGCUGCAGUCAGCUGCUCAGUCAGUGAUUUCAGGAGCUGGUGGUGUACCAGCAACCGCUGCAUCUCCUUCAUUCAGUUAUGGUUUAAGUCAUCAUGCUUCAGCUUUCCACGAUGAUGACAUGGAUUUUGGUGACAUCAUUUCAUCACAACGAGAAAUAAACAGAUUGUCAAAUGAAGUUUCAAGACUUGAGUCUGAAGUUGGCCAUUGGAGACAUAUUGCUCAGACUUCUAAAGCACAAAGAUCAGAUAGCUCUGAUCAAAGUGAAAUCUGCAAACUACAAAAUAUCAUUAAGGAACUUAAACAGAACCGAAGUCAGGAUAUUGACAACCAUCAACAUGAAAUGUCAGUAUUGCAGAAUGCACAUCAACAGAAAUUGACAGAAAUAACUCGUCGGCAUCGAGAAGAAUUAAGUGACUAUGAAGAACAGAUUGAAGAACUGGAAAAUCUGUUACAAGAAGGUGGCUCAGGAAUUGCAUUAACUGAUCACUCUAAAAUCCAUGAGAUGCAGAAAACUAUUCAAGUUCUACAAGCUGAAAAAGUAGAGUCCACAAAAAAAAUUGAAGAACUUGAGGAUAAAAUAAAAGGCAUAAAUAAAAAAUUAUCUUCUGCAGAAAAUGACAGAAGUGUUUUGAAGAAGGAACAAGAACGACUAAGUGUGGAAAACAGACAAUUACUUGAAGAAUGUGAAAGCUUGAAACUGGAAUGUAGUAAAUUGCAGCCUUAUGCUGCGAAGCAAAGUGAUAUUGUGACAGAAAAGGAAAGAAUUCUUCCCUACAGUUCUUCAGUAGAAGAAGAGGUGUUCAGAUUGCAGCAAGCACUGUCUGAUGCUGAAAAUGAAAUAAAGAGACUGAGUAAUUUAAACCAGGAUAACAGUCUUGCUGAAGACAAUCUGAAACUUAAAAUGCAUGUCCAAGUUUUAGAAAAAGAGAAUUCAUUACUGAAUCAAGAAAAGGAAGAACUGCAAAUAUCACUUUCAAAAUUGAACAAUGAAUAUGAAGUAAUUAAAAGUAUAGCUGUAAGGGACAUGGAUUUGGAUUCAGAAUUAUGUGAUUUAAGACGUAAUUUGGAGGCAAAGGAACAAGAACUCAAUCAGAGCAUUACUGAAAAGGAAAUACUAAGAGCUGAGUUAGAAGAAUUGGAUAAACAGAACCAAGAGGCUACAAAGCACAUGAUUUUGAUCAAAGAUCAGCUAUCAAAACAAGAAAAUGAGGGAGAUAACGUCAUCAGUAAACUGAAAAAAGAUCUAAAUGAUGAAAAAAAGAGAGUUCAUCAACUUGAAAAUGAUAAAAUGAACAUUACUAAAGAGUUAGACAUGCAGGAAGAAAAGUUAAUUCAAAGUGAACUGGUACUAAGUGAUUUACAUUUAACCAAGCAGAAGCUUGAGGAUAAAGUAGCAGCUUUAGUAGAUCAGCUCAAUAAAUUGCACACAAAAAAUUUAAACAUCCAGAAGGAGAACUCUGAACUUCAGGAACAUGUUAAACAAAAGGAGGAGGAGCUUUCUAGAGUAAGGGAUGAGUUAAUAAUGCAGUCUCUUAAUCGAGACUCGAACAGUAAUUUUAAGGAUGACUUACUUAAUGAAAGGGAAGCCGAAAUGAGAAACUUAAGGCAAAAUCUUUCAGAAAUAAAACAGCUCAACGAAAAUUUAAGGAAAGUUGCUUUUGAUCUCAAAAUGGAAAAUGAAAAGUUGAAUUUAGCAUGUGAAAAUGUAAGACAUCAGUUGGAAGAGUCUGUUGCUGGUAACAGUCAGAUUUCUCAGGAAAAAAACGCUAUUGUGGAGGCUCUAAAAAUCGAGAAGGAACAGUUAGAAGCAGUAUUGUGUCAGGCUCAAAAGAGGCUGUUGGAAGAAGCAAACAAGUAUGAGCAAACCGUGGAAGAACUGUCCAGUGCGUGUAAUUUGAGUAUCUCUGCUUUACAGCUGGACCAUGAGCAUUUAAUUAAACUCAAUCAAGAGAAAGACUUCGAAAUAGCAGAACUCAAAAAGAAUAUCAAGCAGAUGGAUACUGAUCAUAAGGAAACUAAGAAAAUUUUGUCAUCUAGCUUAGAAGAGCAGAAGCAAUUGACCCAACUUGUAAAUGAGAACGAAAUUUUUAUUGAAAAACUUAAAGAAAGAAGUUCAGAGCUUCAGGAGGAAUUAGAUAAGUAUACUCAGGUCUUAAGAAAAAAUGAAAUUUUAAGGCAAACCAUAGAGGAGAAAGACAGAAGUCUUGGAUCCAUGAAAGAAGAAAACAAUCAUCUGAAAGAAGAGUUGGAACGACUCAGGGAACAGCAGAGUCGAGCUGCACCUGUGGCUGAGCCUAAAACCCUUGAUAGUAUUACAGAGCUAGAAUCUGAGGUGAAUCAGCUGAAUAUAUUAAAGGAUAAUCUUAAAGAGGAAAUAAAACAUCAUCAAAAGGUAAUUGAAGAUCAAAACCAGAGUAAAAUACAGCUGCUUCAGUCUUUACAGGAGCAGAAGAAGGAAAUGGAUGAGUUUAGAUACCAGCAUGAGCAAAUGAACGCCACACACACCCAGCUCUUUUUAGAGAAAGAUGAGGAAAUUAAGAAUUUGCAAAAAACAAUUGAACAAAUCAAAACCCAGUUGCAUGAAGAAAGACAGGACGUUCAAACAGAGAAUUCUGUUAUUUUUCAAGAAACAAAAGUUCGGGGUCUUAAUAUAGAAAAUGGAAGUGAAAAGCAUGAUUUAUCUAAAGCUGAAACCGAAAGAUUAGUGAAAGGAAUAAAAGAACGAGAAUUGGAGAUUAAACUUCUAAAUGAAAAGAAUAUCUCUCUAACUAAACAGAUUGAUCAGCUUUCCAGAGAUGAGGUUGGUAAACUAACUCAGAUUAUCCAGCAGAAAGAUUUGGAGAUACAAGCUCUUCAUGCUCGAAUUUCUACAGCUUCGUACCCCCAGGAUGUUGUUUACCUUCAACAACAGCUGCAGGCCUAUGCUAUGGAACGAGAACAGGUACUAGCUGUUUUGAGCGAGAAGACUAGGGAGAAUAGCCAUCUAAAAACAGAAUAUCACAAGAUGAUGGAUAUAGUUGCUGCAAAAGAAACAGCUCUCAAUAAGCUGCAAGAUGAAAAUAAAAAAUUGUCCACGAGGUUUGAAAGUAGUGGCCAAGAUAUGUUUAGAGAAACUGUUCAGAAUUUAUCUCGUAUCAUUCGAGAAAAAGACAUUGAAAUAGAUGCAUUAAGUCAGAAAUGUCAGACCUUAUUGACAGUUUUACAAACAUCCAACACUGAAAAUGAGGUUGGAGGUGUUAAUAGUAAUCAGUUCGAGGAGCUUCUACAGGAACGCGAUAAGUUAAAACAACAAGUAAAGAAAAUGGAAGAGUGGAAACAGCAGGUCAUGACUACAGUACAAAAUAUGCAACACGAGUCAGCCCAGCUCCAGGAGGAGCUUCAUCAGCUUCAGGCACAAGUUCUGGUUGACAGUGACAACAACUCUAAAUUGCAAGUGAACUAUACUGGCCUGAUCCACAGUUAUGAGCAGAAUGAAACCAAACUCAAAAAUUUUGGGCAGGAAUUAGCACAAGUUCAGCACAGCAUAGGGCAGCUUUGCAAUACCAAAGAUCUUCUUUUAGGAAAACUUGAUAUUAUUUCACCUCAGCUCUCUUCUGGAUCGUCGCUUAGUUCCCAGUCAGCAGAGUCUCUUAGAACAACUAAGUCUGAUGUAUUAAGUGAGUCUUCUAAACAAGAAAUAGAAGAGCUAAGAAAAUCACUGAAGGAAAAAGAUGCAACAAUUAGAACUCUCCAGGAAAAUAAUCACAGAUUGUCUGAAUGGAUUGCUGCUUCCUCAGAGCUAGAAAGAAAAGAACAGGAGCAAACUGAUUCAGAAAUUAAGCAGCUCAAGGAGAAACAAGAUAUCUUACAAAAGUCGCUUAAGGAAAAAGACCUCUUAAUCAAAGCCAAAAGUGAUCAGUUACUUUCUUUGAAUGAAAAUUUUACUAACAAGGUGAAUGAAAAUGAACUUUUGAGGCAGGCAGUAACAAACCUGAAGGAGAGAACAUUAAUCUUAGAAAUGGACAUUUGUAAACUAAAAGGGGAAAAUGAAAAAAUAAUAGAAUCAUCCAGGGGAAAGGAAACAGAAUAUCAAGCAUUACAGGAGACUAAUACGAAGUUUUCUAUGAUGCUUCGAGAAAAAGAGUUUGAAUGCCAUUCAUUGAAGGAGAAGGCUCUGGCUUUUGAGCAUCUACUGAAAGAAAAAGAGCAGGGCAAGACUGGGGAGUUAAAUCAACUUUUAAAUGCAGUUAAGUCAAUGCAAGAGAAGACAGUUACCUUUCAGCAGGAGAGAGAUCAAGUCAUGUUGGCCCUGAAACAGAAACAACUGGAAAACACUGCCAUACAGAAUAAGGUUCAACAUUUACGUGACAAAGAAUUACGCUUAAACCAGGAGCUAGAGAGAUUGCGUAACCAUCUUUUAGAAUCAGAAGAUUCUUACACCCGUGAAGUUUUGGCUGCAGAAGAUAGAGAGGCUAAGCUAAGAAAGAAAGUAACAGUAUUGGAGGAAAAGCUAGUUUCAUCCUCUAAUGCAAUGGAAAAUGCAAGCCGUCAGGCCAGUUUACAGGUAGAGUCAUUGCAGGAACAGUUGGACGUGGCAUCCAAGCAAAGGGAUGAAACUGCACUACAGCUUUCCAUGUCUCAGGAACAAGUAAAGCAGUAUGUUCUGUCACUCUCCAACCUGCAGAUGGUCCUGGAGCAUUUCCAGCAAGAGGAAAAAGCUAUGUAUUCUGCUGAACUAGAAAAGCACAAGCAACUUGUUGCUGAAUGGAAGAAAAAGGCAGAAAAUCUGGAAAGAAAACUUGUAUCAUUACAGGAGCGUUUGGAUGAAGCAAAUAUUGCAUUGGAUUCAGCAUCAAGACUUACAGAACAGUUAGAUUUAAAGGAAGAACAAAUUGAAGAACUUAAAAAACAAAAUGAGGUCCGACAAGAAAUGCUGGAUGAUGUACAAAAGAAAUUGAUGAAUUUAGUAAAUAGCACAGAAGGAAAAGUGGACAAAGUCCUAAUGAGAAACCUUUUCACUGGACACUUCCACACACCAAAAAAUCAGCGUCAUGAAGUGUUACGAUUAAUGGGAAGCAUCCUAGGUAUCAGAAAGGAGGAAAUGGAACAGUUGUUGAAUGAAGAUCAGGGUGGUGUUACCAGGUGGAUGACUGGGUGGCUUGGAGGAGGAUCAAAAAGUGUUCCCAACACACCUUUGAGACCAAAUCAGCAAUCUCUGCUUAAUAGUUCUUUUUCAGAACUUUUUGUUAAAUUUCUAGAAACAGAGUCUCAUCCAUCUAUUCCACCACCCAAGCUUUCUGUUCAUGAUAUGAAACCUCUAGAUUUACCAGGAAGGACAAAACUAGAUACAAGUGUACCCGGAAAUUUUAAAGAUACAGCCGAAUCCGGGUCUGAUAGACGAACAGAUGUGAAUCCGUUCCUGGCUCCCCGCUCUGCGGCUGUGCCUCUCAUUAACCCAGCUGGACUUGGACCUGGAGGGCCUGGGCAUCUCCUUCUGAAACCCAUCUCAGAUGUACUGCCCACAUUUACGCCUUUGCCAGUGUUACCUGACAACAGCGCCAGAGUUGUGUUGGAAGACCUUUUAAAGCAGUAGGCGAUCCUCAAGCCAGAGAUGACAGAUAUAGCACUUUUAAAAAAACCCGUGAACACUAUGUGUAUGUAGUUUAUUACAAAGCGGCCUUUUGGAAAAAGUCAUGUAUUUGUUUGCAGUUGUACUUUAUCUAAAUUUAAUAGAAGUAUUCUUAAUGAUUUUAGAAAUUGCAGGUGUUAAAGGAGGAAGUGUUUGCUAUAUUAUCUGCCUUUUUUGCCUGUCUGAUUUGACCUAACUUAAGCUAGAAACAUUCAUUCUUUUAAUUUUAAUUUACAAAAAUAAGAAAAAUUAA